AUGAUGCGCUACGUGCUGUGUAUCCUCGCUCUCCUGCUCUCAUGUGCGUGUGUGCACGUCCUCGCUGAAGAAGUGCCUGCCGCCGAUCUUUCCGACCAAGUCCCUGAUACGGAGAGUGAGACAAAGAUUCUUCUUCAAGGUUCUCCUGUUGCUCAAGGUACUCCUGUUAGUUGCACUAAUGGUACCACUGAUUCUUCUGGUAAUUGUAAUCCUUCUGAUGUGGAAGCUGGACAUGGUGGUGAUGGUGGUGCUCCUCGUCCUCCUAGUAUUGUUGGUCCUUCUGCUCCUGCUUCUGCUUCUGCUGAUCGUCCUGGUGAAGCUGCUGCUGAAUGCUCUGCUGGUACUGAAGUUUCUAAUCAACAAUGUCGUGAUACUACAAAUACAUCUGGAGGAGGAAGAGGUAAUGGUGGAGGCACUCAACAUCUACCCGAGACAGCACAAAGGACUGAGACGGGCAAUGUUGUACAAGACUCACAGGAUCCUUCCGCUGCAGCUCGACCUGAAGGAACUGAUCCCACCAGGAGAGAAGCUGCUGCAGCUCCCUCUCCUGGUACUUCUGAAUCUCCUACUACUGAUGGAAGUGUUGGUGUGUCUUCGAGUGACAGUCAAUCUGGAGGAAGUGCAGGAAAUGCAAAUGGAACAGCAGAACAAUCCUCUUCUCACGGUUCAACCACUGAAGGCGGUGAAAAUUCUAAUGCUGCAACGAAUGAGAAUGACCCAUCAUCUGCAGGAACUGCAAAUUCUGGGGAUGAUACUACAACACAUAAUGAAGAAUCAACCACCACAACUACUACCACCACCACCACAACAACACUUCCUCCUGAAUCCAUAAACAACAAGAAGGGUGAUGCAGACAGCAGCAGCAGUAUCAGCAGUUCUGUGUGGGUGCGUGUACCACUACUGAUUGUGGUUACACUGGCCUGUAUUCUUGUGGGCUGA